ACAUGAAGGUCUGCUACACUUUGAUCUGCUGCUUCUUCCUGUAUGACGUCAGCGAAGGGAUCACCUACUACUCAGCUAAUGAAGGAGGAAACAUCACCGUCAAAUAUCCCUUCCGUUCAUCUGGAAGCAGGAAGUUAUGUCGGGGACCAUGUGAAGCAGGAGAUGUUCUCAUUGAAACAGAAGGACAUGAAGCGGAGAGCGGCCGAUACAGCAUCAAAUAUGAGAAAACAGGUGACGCUGAAGGAGAUCUGACAGUGACCUUCACACAGGUCAGCAAGUCUGACUCUGGAACGUACCAGUUUGGCCUCGGCAGUGAUUCUUCUUCGUAUCGGGAGUUUGGGAUCAUCGUCAUUGAUGCUCAGCUGGACGGAAGCUCUGAAGUAAAACAGCUCUAUAAGAGAAGUGGAGGAGACGUCAAUGUUCAAUGUUUCUUCACUAACCCCAAAGGAAGUCAAUACUUCUGCAGAGAAGAAUGUGGAGAGACAAAGAACGUUCUCGUCAAAACAAGUGGUGGCGAAGAACGAAGCGGCAGAUACAGCAUCUUGUAUUUAAGGCAACAUGAAGGAGAAGGAGGAUAUCUGCAUGUGACCAUCACACAGCUCAUCAGCUCCGACUCAGGAAGCUACAGAUGUUCUAUGGGUGAAGAAUCACACAUAGACUUCAAAGUCAUUGUCACAGAUGCUCAGCUGGACGGAAGAUCUGAAGGAAACCAGCUCUAUACGAGAAGUGGAGGAGACGUCACUGUUGAAUGUUUCUUCCCUAACCCCAAAGGAAGUAAAUACUUCUGCAGAGAAGAAUGUGGAGAGACAAAGAACGUUCUCGUCAAAACAAGUGGUGGCGAAGCACGAAGCGGCAGAUACAGCAUCAAGUAUUUACCACAAAAUAAAGGAGAAGGAGGAUCUCUGUUUGUGACCAUCACACAGCUCAUCAGCUCCGACUCAGGAAGCUACAGAUGUUCUAUGGGUGAAGAAUCACACAGAGACUUCAAAGUCAUUGUCGCAGAUGCUCGGCUGGACGGAAGAUCUGAAGGAAACCAGCUCUACAAGAGAAGUGGAGGAGACGUCACUGUUGAAUGUUUCUUCCCUAACCCCAAAGGAAGUAAAUACUUCUGCAGAGAAGAAUGUGGAGAGACAAAGAACGUUCUCUUCAAAACAAGUGGUGGCGAAGCACGAAGCGGCAGAUACAGCAUCAAGUAUUUACCACAAAAUAAAGGAGAUGGAGGAUCUCUGUUUGUGACCAUCACACAGCUCAUCAGCUCUGACUCAGGAAGCUACAGAUGUUCUAUGGGUGAAGAAUCACACAGAGACUUCAAAGUCAUUGUCACAGAUGACUCCACAACAACAUCUCCCAGUUCCAGCUCCAGUUUCACACGUUCAUCAGCUUCACCUGAAACCACCGACCAGUCUGAGGACCAGACACCUGAGACCACAGGAGCUGAUACGUCCUUCUCGACCAAGAACUUGAUUCUGACUGUGGGACUGACGCUGGUCGUCAUGGUGAUCCUGUUAUCAGGGGCCGCACUGAUGUUCUGCAGAAACAGGACUAACAGACCCAGAGAACCUCCGGUGGAGACGGAUCCUGCUUCUGUCCCUGAGCCCGACCCCGAGAACAAUGAUAUCGGAGACGAGGGCCGACCUCCUGCUGCUGUGGAAAUCUCUCCAGAUUACUCUUACGUCAAGUACAGCACAACACAACCAGUCACAGCCGGUGAUGACGACAACUUUGUCACUGCUGCUACUUCUCAGCACAAUGCUGACGACAGCUCAGCUUCACUCACCUACGCUCAGGUGAAUAUUUCCAACCGGGCCACUGGCUCUGCCAACAGCGCCCCCCCUGGUGAGGAGGAUGUCGUCUAUUCCGUCCUUCAGUAGAUAAUCUGUCACUUCAGCGUCUCCUCUCUCAUUGGUCGACAGGAAGCUGCUGAGGAUAAUCUGAAGCACAUGAAGACAAAAGUCUGUUUGUGUGAACGGGACUUUUUUCUUAUUUUAGAUUAAUAUAAUUUAUAUUAUAAGUGUGUUUUGUAGUUUCCUCCCACAGUCCAACACAUGGAGCUUGAUGGACUGAAUGUGUGAUUG